AACAUGUCACUCAGACUUACUGUUUGUUCGCGUACUGAAAACUGCGCUUGCGUAAACACAUUUUCACGCGGAACCCCUCGGCAAAUUCACACGAACGUUUUUCGUAAUGUAGACUUUAUGGCAUUGUUUAACCCUAGGGUGAUCAUGCAUGACAGUGUCACUAGUUUAUAUUUAAUAUAAUUCUCGUCGCAACUUUAGACCUUUGCCAUCAUCUUGUUUUUUUCUUGUGGGAGAAGCCGGGAAACAAAUAUUUCUAAGAAUUUCUCAAAGGUCCUACAACAAGGAACAUGUGAUUCUGUCACAGAAGUUUUGUAUAUUCCUGCACAUAUUAGAAGGGAACUUUGUUUUUAAUGUAUAUUCCUUAUUUAAUUGUGAAAAGUCGUAAAUCUUGUCUAAUCGUAUGUUAAUGAAUUCGAGAAGUGCUUGUGCCGGUGUGAUUUUCUGAUCUGACAUAAGAAAAUUUUUAAAAAGUAAUGGGCGUGCAUGGAACAUUUUUCUUUGGAGUGUUAUUUGCUGUUGGAUAUAUUGGAUUAAAAUUUGCUGAUGGCGCUGAAGAUAAGAUAUAUGUACGUCUAGUAGGAGGGGAUUCGAAUGGUUCCACCGGCCGUGUGGAGGUUGCUCGGAACACUUCCGGUCCAUGGGGCAGUGUCUGUGACGAUUUAUGGACAGAGCGGGAAGCCCAGGUUGUUUGUAGAAACCUUAACUACCAGUGGGGAACGGCCCACUCUAACUCACCGUUCGGGGAAGGAUCAGGGUCCAUAUUCCUAGACAACGUCCAGUGUGCUGGGACGGAGAAUUCACUCAGUGAGUGCCAACACAACGGCUGGGGAGUACACAACUGUCGUCACUACGAGGAUGCAGGGGUGUCCUGUUAUAACAACUCAGUUCGAUUGAAAUCCAGGGGAGUAACAAAUUUGGGGACUGUGGAAAUUCGGACGGAUGCUGGCUGGGUCCAGGUUUGUGAUGACGAGUGGGAUAAGGAGGACGCGCUUGUCGUGUGUCGGGAACAAAACUUCAAUAAUGGCACAGCUCUCACAAGCUCUAAACUCGGCAAGGUCUCCAUACACGACUCCAUGCCUAAGGUGGCGUUCAGCAAUUUUCAUUGUAACGGAAACGAACCCUCUCUUCUGAAAUGUAAACACCAGAACAAAACGGAGAGAUGUAGCAACAUGAAGCGAGCAUCGGCAAUCUGCUUUAAUGGUCCAAUGAAUGAAACUUUCGACAUCAGAUUUGUCAAAACAAAUAAUAAAUCAGUCAAUACGGUUUGGGGAGAAAUAAGUGUGCGCAGACAUGGAGUAUGGGGUCAAGUUUGCGGGUCAACGGACUGGGACGAUGCAGCAGCUAAUGUUUCCUGUCGCCAGAUGGGAUUCCUUGGCGGAGUAGCUUACGGAACAGUAAACGAGACACUGCGGCCGAUCUGGAUUACUAAGCUUAAUUGUACAGGAAACGAAACGUCACUGGAGCAGUGUGUGAAAGAUCCCGACUCCUGGGGCCAUCCUGUGCACUCGUGUAGACCGGCUUAUGCCCUUUGUUUCCGAAAAAGUAUAAAUGCGACCCUGGUAGAUGGCGGCUCCUAUUACGGCCGUGUUCAGAUCACCUAUGAUGGAGUCACGGGCACGGUCUGUGACGAUUCCUGGUCCUCCAGUGACGCCAGAGUGCUCUGUAAGUCUAAAGGCUAUGCAGACGGGGAACCCAUCUCCAACUCGUAUUACGGCAAAGGCAGCGGUCCUAUCAUGAUGAACGGGCUGAGCUGUUACGGCUACGAGUCCUCCAUAUUCCAAUGUCGAAACGACGGCUGGAUGACGUACGACAAGUCAGAGUGCAGCAAUCAUACAAAGGACGCCUCCGUUAUUUGUUAUAAAGACGUCCGAUUAUCUCGCGGUGACCACUCUCAUGGCGUGGUUCAGAUAAUGGACCAGUACUGGUCAGUUCUUUGUGGUGAGGGAUUCACAGACAAUGACGCCAGAGUCAUAUGUCGGGAGUUAGGAUUCCAAUACGGACGAAAUCUUCCGAAGGGAACAUUCGGAACAUUCUACGGCAGAUACUCCAGGCCAAACAUAACAUGUCAUGGAAACGAAAGCAGCAUUUUGGAUUGUAAAUACGAUCAACUGAGAAGUUGUCAGAGAGAAAACUACCUUGGAUACGCAGCUGUUUCUUGUUACAAUGGGACCCUUAAUAAAACGUUGAAGCUUCGCUUGGAGAAUGGCGCGUACGGCUACGAGAAUCAGACGGGCCGUGUGGCGGUGAUGAAGUAUGGAAUCUGGGGGAGGAUUUGUCCCAGCGCCUGGGACGACAAGGAUGCUGACGUGGUGUGUCGACAGCUGAGGUACACCGGUGGCGUUGCAUACCAGGAGACGUCCUCGGGGAGCGGUCCUUAUUUUCUGGGGGAGGUGAACUGUAAGGGUAACGAGGGGCACCUGUUCAACUGCUCAAUAGGGGUGGAGGAGUGUGAUUCACAAUACUCCAUGGGAUCCGCCGGGGUACUCUGCUACAGACAGAGAAAACCACAGCUCCGCCUGGUGGGGGGAACACACAACACUGGACGGCUGGAGAUAAUCAUGGAUGACGAGGUGGGGACGAUUUGUGACCAGGGUUGGUCACGCUAUGACGCCACCGUGGCCUGUAGGCAGCUCGGCUUCACUGGCGGCGAAUUCAGAAGAGGGUUACCUGGGCCUAACGUGACAAAGUUCCUCUCCAGUAUGAAUUGCUUUGGCUCCGAGUCCAGCAUAUUUAUGUGUAGAAAUCCGGGCUGGAAACAGAACAUACCUACGGACUGUUUAGAAGCCAACCGUAACGCCGGAGUCUUCUGUUAUAACAACGUACGUAUUAGUAGCGGACAGACGGAAGAUAAUGCAACCACUGGACAAGUGGAAAUGUAUGUGCGUGGUAACUGGGUUACGGUCUGCGCAGACGGAUUUGAUGAAAAUGAUGCUCAAGUCGUCUGCCGAGAACUCGGUUUUGGCAACAGCAAGACACUCGUUCCCGGAGCCUUUGGUUCCAAAUACUACACCAACUCCAUUCUAAACCUGAAUUGCACUGGUACAGAGGCAACAGUGAAGCAGUGUUCAUUUACAGAAGGGACAUGCGCACAAAGAUCUUACAACUACGCCAGUGUUAUAUGCUCCAAGUAUUCAAUGGCGAGAGAACAGGUAGACCUGCUGCCGAGAGAGGAAUUCCCCGACACUCUGCUUGUUGAGAAGUUCGGAAUACAGGGUACGAUCUGUGCGGAAAACUGGGACGAAAAGGCUGCUACAGUGGCCUGUCGACAAUUAGGUUACACCGGUGGCGUGCCGUUCGGACCUCGUUACUACAGCUCGCGAACUCCGAUCUGGCUGUCCAGUGUUAACUGUACCGGUGAAGAAAAGAACAUCAACGACUGUAGUAAAGCCGCAGCCCCAGUCAGUCAAACCUGUCUGUCCAGCAGACUCGCCGCCAGGGUCUUCUGCUACAACGGAAAUGGUUUUAGCAUUCGUUUGGCGGGGACGGGGAACAGCUAUAGCGGCCGUGUUGAGAUAUCUUAUAACGGUGUCUGGGGAACAAUCUGUGAUUCCUACUGGAACAACAAUGACGCCAGAGUUGUUUGUCGUCAGCUGGGCUUCGUCGAUGGCGUCGCUCAGCCAAGAGGGAAAUAUGGCGAGGGAGAGGGCCCGUCAUGGCUCUACUAUGUACGAUGUGACGGUAAUGAAAAGUCCAUAUGGGAAUGCAGCAACAGUGGCUGGAAUGUGACCCAUACUUCCUGCAGGACCCACGAGUAUGAUGCCGGGGUGUAUUGUACUGGACAAGUACGACUUGAACCCAACAUCACCUUUGGUGCUGUUGAAAUCUGGCAAGACACCCAGUAUGCUUUGGUAUGUGCGGACGGGUUUGAUGACACUGAUGCCAAAGUUGUAUGUCAUUCCCUAGGGUAUAGAAAUGGCAUCAGUAUCUGUUGCUCAGUGUUUGGCGAUAUGCCAGAUUACGAGAUAUCUAUUAAUAACGUCCAAUGUAGCGGACAAGAAUCCUCCAUUCUGCAGUGUGACUACUCAAAGAAUGCAGACGGAUGUCGCAGCAAACGGUACGCCUCCGUCGCCUGCUCAAACGCAGCAUCCAGUGGAGCAUACGAACUCCGUCUGUCAGAGGAUAACAAAGGUGUUGUACAGGUUCGACACCUCAACGUUUGGGGCUCCAUAUGUUCGGACGGGUUCGACAACAAGGAUGCCAAAGUUGUGUGCCGUGAAUUGGGGUAUCAGGACGGGUUUUCUUACUACGAACACGAUUUCACCAAACGCCGACUUAGCUUACCUUGGUUGUCUAACCUUAACUGUACAGGCAAUGAAGGCUACAUAGCUCGCUGUGGUAACAUUCGCUGGGGAAACGUAGGCAACUGCUCACAGGACACAAAGGCUGCUGUCUAUUGCUUAGAAAAUGCCAACAUACCAAUUCGCCUCAUAAACGGCUCAAAUGCCUCCUCAGGCCGUGUGGAAAUAUCGAUCAACAACCAGUGGGGAACUAUUUGUGGGUCGGGCUUUUGGGACGAUGAGGAUGCCACAGUUCUCUGCCGGAUGCUGAACCACACAAGCGGGCGUGCCCUGCGGUACGGACAAUUUGGCGCAGGUGAUGGACCAAUCUGGAUCGCGUAUCUCCGCUGUCAAGGUGACGAGGAAUCCAUCUUUAAUUGUCCUAUGUCAUUUAACGAACAGCGGUCGACUUUAAGUGGAAUGUUUAUACCAAGGGGUGGUAACCGACAUAUGUGUUUUUCCCAUAACUCGGAUGCAGCUGUUCAAUGUUAUGAUUCAGUCCGUCUUGUGGAUUCUAAAGACGUUUUCUACGGUCGUCUGGAAAUGUACGUUAACAAAACGUUCACUAGUGUUUGUGACGAAGGCUUUACAGAUCGCUCUGCUAAAGUUGCUUGUAACAUCCUGGGCUUCCCUUACGGCAAGAAGCAGUGCUGCUCGGCCCUCGGUCCACACCCAGUAGAUGACAUCACCGUGACUAACGUACAAUGUCGUGGUACGGAGAGAAGUCUGGAUCAGUGUUACCACCAGUCAACAGCUCACAUCAAGUGUAGAAGUGGAAAAUAUGUCUCGGUGUAUUGUUCCAAAGACCAGAUUGUCUCAAAAGAGCUGCAGGUGAGAAUACGAGAGGAAGAGAAAUAUUAUGGAUCAGUGGAAGCAAACGAGUAUGGCUUUUGGAGCCCCGUAUGUAACGUGGACUGGGACGAUCACGACGCAAACGUCACGUGCCGACAGAUGAACUUUUACGGAGGUGUAGCAUUUAGGGGUUCGUCAAGACUGACAACCCCUAUAUCUGUUGGGAGGUUUAACUGUAGUGGUACAGAACAAAGAUUAAAGGAUUGUCCACACAAGAAAUUUGAAGAGGAUCUUGGUUGUUCCGAAAGAAUUGAGGGUCGCUUUACAAGAACAUCUGCAGGCGUGUUAUGUUAUCAGGAUCCGAAUGGAGUAAAAUUUCGCAUUGCUGGAGACGGAAAGAGCGGUAUUGUUGAAGUUUUGUUUAAUGGGAAAUGGGGGCGUGUCUGUAACCGGCGCUGGGACGACAAAGACGCACGAGUGUUCUGUCGAUCAAUAGGGCGUGGCUUUAUUGAUGGGGAGGCUGGACCCGCCCCUGACAGGAGCAACACGGAGUAUGUGUGGAUUGACUACGUGGAUUGUGAGGGAGAUGAGAAGGGGUUGUUGCAGUGUAAUCUACACUGGGACCCUGAUUACUCACAAUGUCAAGACGCCACAGUUAUCUGUAUGGACAACGUUCGUCUGGAUAAGGGAGAUAAACAGAGUCAUGGUGUGGUUCAAGUUUAUAUGGAGGAAAACUGGGGAACUGUGUGCGGUCAUUUGUGGUCAGAUGUCGACAUACGCGUGACAUGCAGACAGCUUGGAUAUGAUCACGGAUUGUCCGUUUGUUGCGGUGCCUAUGGUUACAGUUAUGACACAGGCGUCAUUGACAAAGUCAACUGUAAAGGAAAUGAGAAAAGCCUUCUCAACUGCACAAAACAACCACCCGUAGCGGCCUGCCACCAAGACUACGCUGCCGUGGCUUGUUACAAUGGACAGCUUCCCUCAAAUGAUGAAUACAGCUUGGGAAUAUCUGGCUCAAGCAAUAACUCGGGCUCUUUGGAAGUGACGUAUCUCAACAUUUCCGGUCGUAUUUGCGCCGACGAUUGGGACGAGAAAGAUGCCACAGUUGCCUGUCGACAAAUGGGAUACGUGAAAGGUUUGCCAUACAAACAUAAGAUACUAUUUGCUAAAGGAAGUCCGAUAUGGGCGACUAAGCUGAACUGUACGGGAAGUGAAUACAAACUUUCCCAGUGUCCAAACUUUACGCUCGGCCGCGUCAAUGAUUGUAUUGAGAGAUACGAUGCAGGAGUUGUCUGUUAUUCCACUGUUGGGGUGAACUUCCGUUUGACGGGCGGAACUUCCUACUACGGGCGCGUUGAGAUGGCGGUGGACGGUGUGUGGGGAACUAUUUGUAAACGGUUUUGGGAUGAUCCUGAGGCCACCGCAUUCUGUCGAUCCCUUGGGUUUAACACAGGCUUCCCCUAUCACAAGAAUCCAGACCUAAAGGCUGACGAUCAUGUCCCUAUAUAUGAACCUAACAUGCAUUGUAGGGGUCAGGAAAACUCUUUGCUAGAUUGUCCACAUGAAGGCUGGAAACGGAACUACUCUAAAGCGUGCGGAUCUCAUGAUAUGGAUGCAACUGUACAUUGUUACAAUACAAUCAAACUAGACACAGGUAUCGGAAUAGAAACAAAACAUGGACCAGUGAUGUACUACUACAACGAUACGUGGAGUCUGAUCUGCGACAAGAAUUUUGAUGACAUGUCUGCCCGCAUUGUGUGUAAGGAGCUGGGAUUCGUCGAGGGCAAGGCCGUUUGUUGUUCAGCUUACGGUAAAACGUUUGACCCGAUCCUAACUGGGAAAUCCCUGAAAUGCCUAGGCAGAGAGAGUUCCAUCACCGAGUGUCUGACGGACGCGCCGUGUGACGCAUACGAUACGUACGCGUCAGUGAUGUGCUUCACCCCAGAAGACCUCAGGAAUGAAACCCUGAUGAAAGGAAAAUUGACGUUUGGAUUUGUAAAUCCGGAUGAUUCCACUGGGCCUCCGUCGUCGAUAUCCAGUAUAGGUGGCGUGGUGGCAGUGUCACAGUAUAAUGUCACCGGAAGAGUCUCCAGCCGUCACUGGGACGAUAAAGAGGCGGGAAUUUUCUGUCGAAACUUGGGGGCACGUUUUGGUCUCGCCUACCAGACCUCUCGCAACCCCAUUCGGUCAGACCCAGUGUUCUUUGUUAGUGACUUCAACUGCACUGGACAUGAGAUGUCGUUAGAGCAGUGUAAAUUUCAUGGCCGUUUGGAACUCGGAAACAGUUCAAUGGCUAACGCUGCUGCUGCACUCUGUUACAAUGAAUCAGGAAUAAACUACACCCUCGCCAAUGGUGGUAAGAAUUACGGUCGUGUUGAACUGGCCUUUAACAAUCAGUGGGGAACAAUUUGUGAUCUGUCCUGGGAUGACAAGGAUGCCGGCGUCUUCUGUCGAAUGAUGAACUAUUCUGAUGGGUAUGCGAUCUCUGGUGCCGAGUUUGGAGAGGGUGAAGGACCGGUGUGGCUCAGUCAUCUGGCCUGUACUGGUAAAGAAAAGUCCAUCCACGCCUGUGCCCACAGGGGAUUUAGUGACGAAGUGGUCACUACUGGAUGGAAAAAAUGUACCUCUCACAAAGAUGACGCUGGAGUUUUCUGUGUCAACAAAUUGAGGCUGAACCUUGGCUACAAGGCCUCUAUGGGAGCGGUUGAAAUUUACCAUCAAAACGAAUGGAUGACAGUUUGUGAUGACGGUUUUAAUGGACUAACGGCGCGUGUUGUCUGCCAGACAUUGGGAUACAAGGAAGGAACAGUGGUGCUAGGAUCUGCCUUUGGAGAGACGUCUAGUCCAAUCAGAGUCCGCCGUAUUGAUUGUGGUGGCAACGAAAAAGAUUUGUUCAACUGCAACUUUGAGUUCACUGAUAAAGGUGUAUGCAAAAAGUAUAUAUCGGUGUACUGCAGCAACAAUCGAAUUUACAAUACAGGAUUUAACUUGACGCUAGAUCUUGACGAUGUUCAUACUGAUACGCACGGUGAGGUUAUGAUCAACAUGAACGGAAUUUGGGGCAGCAUCUGUAUGAAAGGAUGGAGUAGAAAUGAAGCUCAAGUGGUCUGUAGGGGCUUAGGGUUCACAGGGGGAGUACCGUAUCUUGUGCCUUCCAAUGAGAAAUACAAACGUCCCAUUCUGAUGAGUGAUGUGCGGUGUACAGGGAUGGAAUCCAGUCUGAAGGAGUGUAAAUAUAACGAGUGGUAUCAGGGGAGCAGCUGUACCUACGGCGACAACCGAGCUGGAGUUCUCUGCUUCACACAACAAAAUGGCAUUCAAUACCGAUUAAGAAACUCUUCCCACGCCGACAGAGGGCGUGCUGAGAUUGUAUAUGAUGGGAAGACGGGAGGCAUCUGUAACUUCCUGUGGGACUCCAGGGAUGCAUCUGUGUUCUGCAAAAACUUAGGUUACGCUGAUGGCAUUGAGAUUGAAGGUGGACAAUUUGGUAACCCUGACGAUGUGCUAUGGUUUACCCGAGUAGGAUGCACUGGUGAAGAGGAUGAGCUGAUGAAAUGUGACCACUCGGGCUUUAAUAGUUCGGGUAAGGUCGAGUCAACAUACGAACGACUCUGUAGAAGGCGAACGAGAGAUGCAGCAGCCUGGUGCUUCAGAGAAAAAGUCGAAAUUACGAAAGUAAGGUUGGCAGGUUCCACCGCUGGUGAGGAGAACAUGGGUCGCGUGGAGGUGUUUGUUGCUGGACCCAAUGAGUGGGGAACCGUGUGUGAUGACUACUGGGACGACCGUGAUGCUACUGUCGUCUGCCAAAGUCUGGGUUAUGAGAAUGGAAUUAAGAAAAAACGAGGUGUGUUUGGGCGUGGAUCGGGUCCAAUAUGGUUGGACAAUGUGGACUGUGUUGGAACCGAGGAGGGAAUUCACAAAUGUCGUCAUAACGGCAUAAACAUACAGAACUGUAAUCACGGAGAGGAUGCCGGCGUUAUUUGUUCAGGUUUGUUAAAGACCUCGGAGCCACAGUCUGUGAGUGAGAGUGAUAGUUCAGUAGUAAUGGCUGUGACAGUCCCUAUAAUUCUUCUACUUGUGACAAUUCUAGCGAUUCUUAGUGGUUGUUAUUGGUAUCACACAAGGAGACGUGAUGACGGAAUGAAAACUGUGCUCGUGGAUAGUGAGGUCACCGAAACUAAUGAAGCCGGGGCCUCAACUUCCGCUUCCGACUCGACAGGGAGGGUAACUCUGUCUAAACUGAAAGCUACUUUCUCAAAACCAAAGGAAAAUAAAACGAAAGGUUUAGGAAAUCCAAACUAUGCCGGGUUUCAAGCACACACACCCGGCGAAUCGACGACAUAGAUAUUCUGAUCUAUCAUCUCGAAUUUAGGUGUAGAUCAAACAUAAUCAAUUCAGACGCGGAUGAAAGUUUUGUGUGGAAGGAAAAACAGACACAAAUUCAUCUUUUUAAGUCAGCAUUGUGCAGUUGUAAAUAAAAUGUGUACAUUUAUAUCAUUGUGUCAGUGCUAUUCUCCAGUGUUUCCCUCUUGUUUGGAUGUGAGUUUUAUUUUUCUAUAUUUAUAACAUUAAAAUUUUAUAAGAUA